GCUGUGCAGACAUAAAAGCCCCCAUUGUCACAGCCUUCUGUUAACAGUACAGUAGUCUUCUCACAAAGCCACUCAGGAACAAAAAGACGCUAACAAAAUGCCGCCCAAAGAUGCCAAGCCAAAAUCAAAAAUCUCAGCCUCCCGAAAGCUCUCCCUCAAGAUCCUGCUCCUGACCAGGGCUAUGGAGGAGCUGGAGAAGGAGAAGCAGGACCGGGAUGAUGAGAAGGUGCGAUACCUGGGAGAGAAAAUGCCCCCUCUGCAGAUGUCUGGACUCUCAUUGGAUGACCUGCAGAAACUCUGCAAGCAGCUUCACACUAAAAUUGAUGUCGUGGAUGAGGAGCGAUAUGACUGCGAGGCAAAAGUCAUCAAGAACAAUCGAGACAUCCACGAGCUGAAGCUGAAGGUGCAGGACCUGGGCGGGAAGUUCAAGAAGCCGGCGCUGCGGAAGGUGCGCGUCUCCGCGGACGAGAUGAUGCGCGCCCUGCUGGGCUCCAAGCACAAGGGCUCCAUGGACCUGCGCGCCAACCUCAAGUCCGUCAAAAAGGAGGACAUCAAACAGGAGAAGGUGCUCACCACCGAGGUCGGCGACUGGCGUAAGAACGUGGAGGCCAUGUCUGGCAUGGAGGGCAGGAAGAAGAUGUUCGACGCGGCCGGCGGCACCCAGUGAGAGCUGGGACAGCAGGGCUCCCAUGACGACCGAGGAGGAGGAGCGUGAACGAUGAAGGGGCGGAGAGAGGGCGACUGUCUGGGAGCGAACGCUCCAGGAGGAAACACACAGAACCGUUGCAUGACGCAGCAGGUCCUGGAGGGCACCCUGGCCUGUUCUCUGAGAAAUUACCAGCAGCUUCCCUUACAGUUAUUACUAGACACAUGUAUCAGAGUGGUGCUUCUGAACUGUUUCAGAUAAAGAAUCCCUUAAAAUGCUUCUUAUGUCCAACCAACCACUUUCCCUGGGUUUUAUUCUCAUAGCACAGCCCUGGGUGCCUUCUCAGUUGUGCAGAGCUCAGUGCUGAUGACAUAAAGUAUCACCAAGCUGUGCUGGAGCAAGGUGUGGCUGGGAGGUAACUAAAGGUAUGAGUUACAUUGGGUAUCAGCCUGUUAGUCUGUGGAACAGCAUAUGAACAGUACAGACAGCUCACACAGUACCUUAUGAAGUGCCUGAUAGUCUUAAAAGACAGUAGUGGCCUAUACUGCCCUGUGGCUGGUACUAGAUUCCAGUAUGUGAUUCGGACCUCUAUUCAAUCUGACAGCAAUGGUAAUUAUUCUUAACUUUGAGAACCAGAUUUAAUAAAAAGUUUUGUUCCUUUUUUGGAUUUUUACGUACUUUGUUACUGUGAACCAUUGCUGAGCUUAUUAGCUUGUGUAAGACACUAAAGGUUGUUCCUACUUGUAACAAUUUGCAACCCAGAGUUAUGGGCAAAGCCUGCUGUAGAAAGAUUGAAUAGAAACCUUGAGCUGCUUUCCAGACUUAGUUAUGUUUGACACCUUGCCCUAAUUGCUCAUUCCCAUCUAUUGGGCACUGAGCUCAAAAGUGUCACUGCACAAUUGAAUCACCUGCCAUCUUUAAGCAUGAGCCACUUCUUUAUAUAACUGUAGAGUGCAUAUGUGGAGUAAGUCAUCUUAAUGCAGUUAUAUCUUUUUUUCAUAUGAGCACUAUUUAUUGUUAGAUCAUUUCUUUGUGUAUUUUUUUAAUUCUUUUGAACUUUUAGCAAUGUGGAGUAAUAAAUAGCCAAAAAUUGUUCUCAUGUG